UGCAGUGAAAGGUGCUUGGGGUUCAUGCUCGACUACACACCCACAAAUUAACCCUCUCCUGUUUUUCUGCACGUUUUCAUUCAGAGAGGUAACGCUGUGCUGGUAAUAUGUACCAUCAGAGUGAGCCAGCGCUCUGCGAUGAAAUAUACUCUACCCAGGCUGGAAAUAUAAAGAGGUUAAUUCUCCUGACUCCUCCCAGCAUUGUCAUUUAUCGUAUUAAUAAUCACACCACUUGAGCUUCGCCUUAAAAGUGGGAGGGCUGCUCGAGAGAGCCGGGAAACCGCGAGGAGCUGUCUCCGUUACGCGUGGUGCUGAAAGUGCCGCAUCAUGUGGUCGGUCUUCUUUGUCUUUCUGUCUUACCUGGACAGAAACUUCGUCAAGGGCGACUUCCUGAGCCUCGCUUUGGACGCAGAGAAGGAGAGCAAAGAAAUGUUCAACAUGCUCAACGGCACCUUUUGCGCAAAAAUGUCCACAGUUAGGGAGAGCUUUCUCUACCAGGUGUCAGACGGAGCAGAGGUGGUGCGCUCCUUCGUCAGCCCCGCAGGGAAGCUCGUGAACUGCUCCGUCGUAGUGAACCAGAUGCAGGUGAAGUCGUUCAUGCACGAGUGCAGGUUGGGACUGAAAGAGCAGAGAGCCGGGCGGCAGAUGGAGACGCGUUUUGCGCGCAUGGAUGAAGCAAAGCUGAUGUGCCGGGAGUUUAAAGAGAGGUCUGAGCGCAGCGGCAGGGUGAAGAAAGACGACAGCGAUGACUCCACGCUGCAAGAUGAGGUUUUGAAAAGAUCCAAGAGAGGCUUCACUUAUCCUGGGACUCUGUGGUGUGGAGCUGGGAACAUGGCUGACAGUUAUGACCAGCUGGGAGAAUUUGCAGACACGGACAGCUGCUGCCGGAUCCACGACCACUGUCCGCAUGUCAUCCACGCUUUCUCCUCUAAAUAUGGACACACUAACUUCAAGUGGCACUCCCUCUGUCAUUGUGCCUGUGAUACCGCGCUGAGAGAUUGCCUGAGAAAAGUCAACGACACAUCUUCCAGGGUAGUUGGUCAGGCAUUCUUUAACGUCAUCGGUGUGCCUUGCUUUGAGUUUGCCUAUGAAGAGCAGUGUGCAGAGCGGCACUGGUAUGGCAUGUGUAAGCGUUAUGAGAAGUUGCCCAUUGCUGUGCUGCAAGAGGCGGUGCCGUACGACUUUGGCGGCAUUGAUGUCAUCGAUGUGCUGACGUGGGCUCCUCCAAAGAGCAAAGAGUCAAAAGAAGAAGAGGAAGAGAAAGUGGAGAGCACAACACAAGCUACAAUGUCAGGUCCUGAAGAGCCUUCACUCAGAAAUGUCGUCACCGCCGCCGAAGACUUCAUCAAGGUCCUCGCCACGGUCUCCACCUCUCAAAGCUCCACCACCGACUCUGAUAACGGUGAGACGCAGAGCUCAGAGAAGAAGAAGAGGAAGAACACAGGGAGAAAGAAGAAAACCCACAAAAAGCGUAAAGGAAAGGGAAAAGGGAGGAAGAGAAAGCAGAAAGCAGAGGAAGGAGCUGCAGUUUCGCCCUCUGGCAGCAGAGCAGAAGAAGUCAUGGCUCUCAGUAACUUCAUCAGCGAGUCACACAAACACGACCAGUCGAGUAGAAACACAAACAGAGUCAGCGACAGUGAAUAUGAGCUUGGAGGAAAACAAGAGCCCUUUAAUGAAGUCAUGAAAGAUGAGCCAGCGAUGGAUAAGGGGACCGUUUCCAUUACGUCACCUACAACGGUCCAUAAGAAACCAGCAGAGUCCAAAGAAGAAAUUGCUCUUUCUAUGUCAACAACAACAACAACAACAACCAUUAUUCCACAUGAACCAAACGGCAGAAGAUUCAGAAAAGGGAGGAGAAAGAAGAGCAAGAAAAUUCCUCUUCCUUCUGAAGAGCUUGUGACAAACACGACAGACAACUUAAGAGCCACUUCUGUCCCCAUCACCCCUGCAGCACAGCCUCAGCAACAAAGCCCUGCUGUCAGCACUGCCAGCACCCCCUUUGUAAUCCCCACCGUCAAAAGGAGCAGGUCAAAGGAGAGAGGAGACAGAGAGGCGAGGAAAAAAAGGCGGAAAGUCAGCUCUGCUUCACUCAUUGUGGCCGCUGCCCAUGAAAAUUCCUCUGCGGACAAUUUGAAAGUGAUCCCUCUCACGGGGGCUCCAACAGCACCAUCAGUGCCCAUCACAGAGCGCCAGGUUUCACACAGGAUGAACGUUUACGGAGGGGAGACGACCGUCCAUGUUGCAGCUCUGAAUUCCUCAUUUAGUGUUUUAAAAAGGCAAAAGUCAAAAGGGUUGAAAAGCAGGAGGAGGAAAACAGCUUUGCCUCAUUUAGGUGAAAAUCCACUUUUUCACCACAGCUCUGAGAAUGUGCUGCCUGCAAUUCCAACUCCAGAGACGAGUGAUGCACUGAACAGCCCUGCAACCUCUGCUGCAGCUAGCAGGCCGACAGAAGACACAGAAACUCAUGAAUGGAGGCUUUUUACUACCAUCACAGCAGCUCCUUCUAUCGUUACAAAACGGCACCGGCAGACCAUCAGGGAGCAGAGAAAACCGAGAAAGAAAGCCAUGCCUGCUGCUCUCAGUGAUGAGGUGUCUCUCCCAAAACAAACUGAACAAACACCAAUGACUUUCACAACCACUCCAACCAAACUCACCACCACUGAGGAGCUCAAUCUACAGAGAUCUGAUAAACCUUACGUGACCACCUCAGAAACUCCUGCCAUGAGUCCAAUUCAGUUAUCCAUUGAGCGAGCAAAUGCACAAUUCAUGAAGAAGAAGAGGAGGAAAGCUGUGCAGUCUGUUAGACGACAAUGAACCACGUGGUGUGACAUGCUGAAAGAAACUCCUGUCAAACAUUUCUACAUCAACAUAUUUACAGUAUAUCUUUAUCUUUUCUGCUUCAGCAUUUAAAUCACAGAAAUUGACAGAAAUCUUAUUUGAAUGCAAUGUGAGAAUCAUGUUUUGUAAUACUGUUUUCUGCACGUCUAUAAUAAAAUUUCUGAAUGAUUAUAUGAAUGCAUUGGAUAGUAUCUCUGUUUAUAUCUGUUAUAAAAUAAACACAAAUGAUGUGGU